UGAUACUGAGCCAUACAUAAGGUUACUGGAACCUGGCUGAUAACUUAUUUCAAUCCUAAACUCGUCACAAUAAGUUUUUGUAUACAUUUUUAAAAUAGAGUGAAAAUAAUACUGAUUCUGUGCAAUUUGGGCUCUAUUAUGUCAUGAUUAUCAUAGACCCAGAAACAUGGGUGAUUAAUACGAUAAGGUGUUGCGUCAGGGUCUCCCCACCUUCUGACAAAUCCUCCCGGCUACCAUAGCUCCAUAGAAACCGAGGACGCCAGUUUUUUGGUUCCUUAUUCCUUUCGCAAGCUAAACUUCUUUUAAGUCUGGAUAUCAUCAGCUAGAUAAUCCUCCAAGAUGCCAGCCCAAGAUAUUGACAACACCAUGAGGACAGUCGAUGUCCAACUAAGUGACCACUUGACAUUUGAUUCGAUGCUUUUGAACACUCUGGUGCUGAAUGGACUUAAAAAGGCUGGAUUUAAGAGGCCUUCACCGAUCCAAGCAUCAGCGGUGCCGCUUGCUCGGAUUGGUAUCGAUUUGAUCAUUCAAGCUAAGUCUGGCACUGGGAAGACACUUGUAUUUACAAUAGCGAUACUUGAAUCACUCUGUGAAAGUAUAAACAGGCCGCAGUCAAUUGUAAUUGUGCCGACUCGUGAAAUCGCAUUGCAGGUUGGCGAUGUGAUCCGUGAGGUUGGUUGUUGUUUUAAAAAACUGUCAAUCGAGACUUUCAUCGGAGGUCUGCCAAUCGCUUCCGACUUGUCAAAGGUGAAAAGAUGCCAGGUUGUCGUAGGGACACCAGGACGGCUAAAGCAUCUUGUUGAACUUGGAGCGCUUGAUGUGUCGGCGUUGAGAUUAUUUGUGCUAGAUGAAGCUGACAUUCUUGUCGAAAAGAACUUUAUAAGUGAUAUCAAUUUCAUAUUUAACAAGUCAGGUAAAGCUAAACAGAUAUUGGCCUGCAGUGCGACUUUUCCACAGCAAGUUCGAGAAUUUACACAAAACUACAUGAAAACGGGGAUGAAUGUAAUGCUUGAUGGUGAUCUUUGCCCAGUGCUAGUCGGAGUAACACAUAUAAUGCUUUGUGUUGACUACCAUGUCAAUUCACUUGUUAGACAGAGAUCAAAACGAAAAAAAGUCAUGGAUAUUCUCAAUACAGACACUUAUGAUCAGGCUAUCAUAUUUUCUAACUUUCAAACACAGGCUGACAGUUUGGCGAAACAAUUGCAAAAAAAUGAUUUACCUGUGGCAUGCCUGAUUUCCUCAUAUCCACAGGAGGUGCGAAUUGAAAUGUUGAGGAAGUUUAGGGCACAUGAGGCUAGAAUUUUAGUUACAACCGACCUCGCAGCGAGGGGAAUCGACAUCCCGACUGUCAAUCUUGUCAUAAACAUUGACUGUCCUAAUAGCAAAGCUGCUUUUCUUCAUCGUAUGGGUCGAGCUGGCAGAUAUGGUGGUUAUGGCAAAUGCUACACCCUGUAUGAAAAGGAUGUCACAGAACAAAAACUGAAUAGUUUGAUGAAAGAAAUAUUUGACUUAGAUAAUAGCCAAAACGAAGAAGAUAAGAUUUCCAAAACAGAUGAACUUUACAAUACUGAUUGUGAUCUACUUUGCUCUUCAAAUGUAUCUUUAGUAGAAAACAGUGAGACCAGCCAGCUAGACAAACAUUCAACUUCCGGAGAUUCUGAGUACUGUGAAUGUAAUACAUUUGCUGAAAAUGACAUUAGUGUUGAAUGUGAAGACACAUCGGGAUCUGAUGUUGCACUGAUACCUGAAAAUAAAAUAGAGUUGAGUGUCUGUGAUAGUGCAAAAGAUUUAGAAGAGGAAAAUAAUUUAGAGAAGAAAAACAAAAAUAUAUUCAAAAAACAAUGUUAUGAUUAUCAAAUCAAAAAAGAAUUAGAUUGUACUUCUGAAAGCGAUGAGUCAGAAUCUACAUAUAGAGAAGGAGAAUUGGAAGUACAAAAAAUUAGUGAAACAUUUGAAGCCAAAUAUUUAGAUAAAACACCUCAACAAUAUACAAAUGCUAGCGAGGAAGAAAUGGAAAACAAAGAUUCAGACAAAGAAGACCCGGAUAAUUUUUUUCAGAGUUUACGGCCUCAUGCUGAAGUAUUGGAACAUAUGAGAAACCAGUCAAAUCACUGGAAAUCAACUGGUUGGUAUAAAAGAAUGGAAAACGAUCUGAAAUCUUAUAUUGAAUUAUCUCGCCUUUUUGAACGUCCUACUUUUGUUUAAUCAUGCUUUUUGUUUCUAGUCUUUUUUUACUAGUAGCUGAAUUUAAUUUUAAUUUUGUUUCAAAUUGUGUUUUUAUUCAUUAUUCUUUAUUACCAUUUAAAUAAUUUGUGACUAUAUUUCAGGUUAAAAUUUUAUUUUAUAAACACAUACUGUAAACACUGGUGGUCUAAUAUUCACCAUCAGCGUAAAUGAUAAAUCAUCAGAUUUGCUGUAAAUAUUGUAUAUUUCCUAUUUUAAAAUUGUUACAGUUAUAAUCAUUUAAUGUAAAACAGAAUUGUGAUAGAUUGUUUUCAUUAUGUUAUUAUUUGAUAACGCAAUAUAAUAUGAUAAUAAAUGUCAGUGCGAUGUGUAUUAAGCACUAUGCAGGGUCAUAAAUAAUUUUUUUAAAUAUC